AUGUACAAUUUCAAUUUAAUAAGAAAAUGCUAUGCCCAUAAAUUUGCCUCACCAGAUUGCCCAAACUUAAUUAAUAUAAAAAAAGUGGUAUAUGAAAAGUUAAAGCCAAUAUGUUUUCAUAUUAAACAAGAUUAUACAAUGGGCCAUCAUGUUCAUGAUAUGCAUUUUUAUGGAAUAUUAUGUUCCCCUUUGUUUGAAAAUAAAAGUUAUAAAGAAAUGAAUUCAAUAGUUGAAAAAUUUAUGAGCGAAAUAAAUAUGUCUGGAAGAGUAAAAUUACAUUGUCAACCUCCAUCCCGAUUUAACAAACUCAAAAAGCAUGUUCGUUGGAGAUGGAACUUAGAAAAAUAG